AGAAUGAUGAGUUCAACUUCUUGCCAUGGAAUUCGGAGCAGCUGCACAUGGCUGCACAUGGUGACGGACACAGUCAGCUAGAGUCGCGAAUAAGCGCAGCUGGAGCUGCGCCCUUCGAGGUUGAACUUGAGUGGUGCCCGCCGUGCAUGAACAGGAACCAUGCCCUCUUCUUUGGACAGCACGCUCCUGGUGAAAGAAUCGUGGCAGUGGCUCUCUGGGCGACAAACGGCGGGUUGGAUUGUCUGGUCUUGCAACGGACAAGAACUUUAGCAGGUUGUUUGCAACUUACUUGAAGGAUCAGGGCAACAGGAGCAGGAAUCCAGGCUGGUAUUUUUCUGAUUCGAUUCCGAGCAGCGGACGUGCCCAAUGGGCGGAGCUAAUGGCGACAUCGCAGUUGCGACCGAAAAAGCGCCUGCCAGCACAACCAUGGAAGACGGAAUAACAACGGUCGAUAUGCGGACGCAUUCCGAGGCCGAGACCUCGGAGCGGGGGAGCGAGUCACGAAAGGGGAAGCAGGCAGUGCCAGAGGGAGAGGCUGAAAUGGGCCUAGAGGCGCCGCUGCUGAGGACCGAUAUUGAGGCCGGGGGAGGGGGGCAGGAGGGAACGGAAGGGGAGAUCCCCCCCGGACUGAGGAGCCUGUCUAAAGGGUCUGCGCGCAGCAGUAGUGAGAGCGUGGACGAGUGCAGGAUAUGCAAGGAGGAGCGGGAGCCGGGGGAGAAGAUGAUCAGGCCGUGUCUGUGCGGUGGCAGCAUGGCGCGCGUGCACGCGCACUGCCUGCAGGCGUGGCUCAAGCGGCGGCGCGCGGACGUGUCGCAGGAGGACGCGUUCAAGUGCGAGGUGUGCAAGGCGCCGUACCGGCUGCACAUCCGCGAGUACUUCAACUGCACCGCCGCCGCGCUCUGCUCCUGGACCACGUGCGGCUUCUGCACCGAGUUUGCGGUCAUCGCAGCGGCGCUGAUCACGCUGGCGGGGGUCUUCUGCCUCUCUAUCCUCAACGACGAGGCGGACGUGGGCAGCCUGGGGUUCUUCAUCACAGUUGGGAUGGACUCGUUCGUCUUUUGUCUGGGGAUAGUGAUGCUCAAAAACGUUGCACAGCGAUGGAGAGCGGAGAACACCAUACCUGUUCUAACGCCCUUCAGCAACGUGACCUCUCCCACAUCGCCUCGUUCCCCACGAACGAGCAACGUCUGAUUUCGUCCACAAGUUCUAUGAGAUUAAGAGUAUUAUAGAUGUAACACUGCUAAAAAUAGCCUGCUUCCGAUUGUACAUAGACACCGACUGGCAGAUGGUGUCAGUUGACGCAUACGCCUACCCAACCCCUUCUUUCGCGUGCCGGAGUCUGUCUGAAGCGUCGAUUGCUCGAUUCUGGAUUCUGAUUGGAGGACGCUCGGUCAGAAGCAGAUCCUCAAGCAUUUGGGUUGCUUAAGGCCCAUCCACGAGUACCAAGUUCGAUCGCAUACCGGUUGCCGGCGGCGGGCCAUGUAGAUUGGGUCUUGGUUGGCAGAACUGUCAACCAUGUUAUUCUGGAUUAAUUGAAUUCAUAUGAGCGGAACAAUUAAUCAGCAUCAGUGGUCCAAAUCGAUCAAAAUUUCAGUGUUGGAGG